GUGGGAUAUUGAAGCGGCGAAAAACAUUUGAGUAAAAUUCGUUGAAAGUUAAAGUUGUGAAUCAUAAUUAAAAAUCGACUUAAUUAACUGAUUUAUUCAGAUUAAAAUACACUUCAACUGAGAUCUUACGUUACUGUGAUAAUAUACCUGUAGCUAACUUUCGGUUAUUUAUUUUUAUACACUUUUCUAAGUUCCUGUUUUUGUGAUUUUUUCACUAUGUUGGAUAUUGUGCCAAAGAAUAAGCCUGCUGCUGGAGACUGCUUCGAGAUGAAAGAACUGACGGCGAGAAUUUGCAGGGAUUACCUUCAAGGGGCCUGGAAGAAGGUCAAUGCCAAAAACAUUGGUUUCAAGCAUAUCAGCGGAGGGCUCUCCAACCAUCUGUUCCACGUCUCUCUUCCGGACUCUCUAAAGACGGCUGAUGCCAACGUCGAGCACGAACCCAAAGACGUUCUGAUCCGUGUCUAUGGACAAACCCACGGAGAAGGCGCAUUGGAGGCCCUCAUCACCGAAUCAGUAAUCUUCACCUUACUCUCUGAACGUAAUUUAGGACCAAAACUGCACGGGAUUUUCCCCGGAGGAAGAAUCGAACAGUACAUCGAUGCCAGGCCUCUUUUAACCAAAGAGUUGUCAGACGAACGACUGUCGGUAUCAAUUGCCAAAAAAAUGGCAGCUAUUCAUUCGAUGGAGGUACCUCUACACAAAGCUCCCGAAUGGAUCUGGAACACUCUCGAUAGGUGGUUGAACAGUUUGAAGAACAUGCAACUGACCAACAUGCCAGAAAGCACCAAACACAUCCUGGAAAAGGUGAAUUUCGGGUCGGAAAUCGAAUGGCUGAGAACCAGAUUGGAGGGCGAGAACAGUCCUGUUGUUUUUUGUCACAACGACAUGCAAGUAGGGAAUAUAUUGUUGCCCAGAGAUGCUGAGCUGGAAAAUAAUAAUGACGAAGAACCAAAACUCGUAAUAAUAGAUUUCGAAUACUGCUCCUACAACUACAGAUCUUUCGACAUCGCGAAUCACUUCCUAGAAUGGGUCUACGACUACACCCUCAAAGAAUACCCCUUCUACAGCGAGGAUCACAGCAAAUAUCCCACAGAAAAACAAAGACUGGCGUUUAUUAGAGCCUAUUUGCGUGAAAGGGGUUCACGAGAGAACCCGAAGAAGAUUCUUAGAGAAGUGGAGGUGUUCACCUUGGCACCGCAUCUCUUCUGGAGUGUGUGGGCGUUAAUUAAUGCCGAAACUUCAAGUAUUCCUUUCGGAUAUUGGGAAUUCGCAAACACCAGACUGAACAGCUAUUUCCAGCUCAAACAGAAACUCAGCAGCCAGCAGCUAAAGAGGAAGAUGGAUGAACUAAUAGUGUAACCCUAAGAAAGACCGUCAAGAAGCUUUCAAAAAAUUUUUCUUUGGCUUCGUCCGAGGAAGAAUUUCUCAAAACAUGACUGUGAAUUUGUGAAGAAAGAAGCAGAGGCGGAUAUAGACAAAUUUCAAAAGGGGGAAUUAAAUAAUCGUCAUCUUAGAUCCUCUUAGACUAGAUUCCAGUCAAAUCACAUCAAUCAAAGCCUUAAACAAAUAUUCUAAACCAGUCAAACGUUUAACGUAAACAACAGUAGUAAAAGACUUUCUGCCUACAGAAAUGUGUACAGGGUAAACGAAAGUUUAGAUGAAUGUAACGAAGGGAGGGAGUUGUAGGCCCCCUUCUCCUGCCCCUCUAUCCGCCGCUGGUAAGAAGUCACAUAUUGUGAUAUUUUUGUGGAUACAUUAAUAAUCUCUAAUAGUAUUAUAUUAAUAAUUAACAUAAGUACAAUGCAUAUUCUCCCACCACCGUUUAUCGAAUCAUGCACCUGCAAUAAUCUGCAUAUAAACUAAGCAUUAGGAAAAAUGCCAAAAAUGUGUAAUUUUAAUAUUUGUUAGUUCGUCUUUCCAGUUUUAUAGUAAAAGUAACGUCGAGUUUUAAUUUUGUGUUUUUUAUUUGUUAUUGUAUUAAUAAACAAUGUUAAAAUAUAUCAAAUGGAAAAAAAAAACAAAAUAUUGUUUACGAGUAUACCAUAUCGUACUUAGUUCCGACCAAUGGUAUAGUAGAGAUAGUAAUAUCAAAGUAAAUAGACUCACAAUCACAUUUAUUUUACCAUGGACGACCGGUUUCGCUUUCUAUAACUUAGCUUCAUCAGGUCUCGGGUACAGCAAAAUUAAAUGCUAAAAUUACUAAUACUGGUUGUUGUAAUAAAAUUUAAAGUAAAACGAUUCGCGAUUACAAUAUUUACAGUCGAUAAUUGAUAUAUUUGGAAUCUUGUUUGUGCAUUAAUCUAGCAUUAGAAACAGUUCCCAAUUCAAAUAGAAAAAAUGAAAAUAUUUGUUUUUUAUAUUUAUAACCAUAACAAUAUUUUGUUUUUUUUUCUUCCAUUUUAGUCAUAUUGCGACUUAACUCAAUCGAAUUGUCACAUACAAAAGUAUUAUAAUUAAAAAACAAUUAGUUACCACUAGAAAAUGUUAACUUAAUUAUCAUGAUAGUUUAUCAUUAAUGAGGUUCGAAGUUUCAUUGCUAAUUACACUUUUACUGCCAAAAUAUUCAAAAAUUUAUGUGAUUUAAUUAUUUUUGACAAAACAACAAACUUAUUUACUUGAAAUAGUUGUUUUAUUAGAUUUAUAUUCAGUAUUGUGUCAUUGUAUUGUUUUAGUCAGUCAAAGAUUAGGUUAACAAAAUCUUUUUUCCCUUUUAUUUUAUUCCCUUGUGACUUUUUGGUUUUACCCUACUCUUCCUAUCUCACAUAUCAUUAAAAUUUAAUAUUAAACGGGAUUUACAACAAUUUUCCACAACCAAUUUCUGUUACAGUCCUACAAUAUAUCUAAGAGACUCAAUAAUAUUGUUCGAGGUGUGAAAUUCCCUAAACAAGGGAUCUUCCUGUUUUAUGGAAUUAUCCCUUGCUCAUGUAAGUACACAUUUCAAACAAUAGGGCCCCGCUGAGCUAAAUAUUAAUGCCUCGUAGAUUGUAGAACUAUAUAUUUUAUUUUAUCCUUUGAGAUGGAGUUGUUACCUACUUAUUUUAUUUGAUUAGAGGUCUUUUGCCAAAGAUAUUUAUUUUUUCUCCUCACUUGUCGUACAUUGAUGUCCACAAUGAAAUCCAUAUACGUUUGCACUUUUACAAAAUUUAGACUCAAAAUUUCAUUACAUUUAGUCAAAGAAUUUCUCGAACGUUAUAAUAUGUUAAAAUAUAAUAAAAAACUCAUGGGAUGAGCUGGUUCUCCAAUCCGUAGUCUAAAAUUACUUUAUUCUUUGCCUAUUACAUAUGCCUAAUAUCUCUUUUAUUAUCUAUAUUAGAGAUUUUUUAUUUAGUUUGUGACAUGGUACAUUCUUGAACCAAUCCCAUUAACACUUUGUACAGAUUUUGUGUUAACCUAAAUAAUAAUGAAUGUAUAAAAUAAUAAUAGUCGUACUGUGUUAAAUUUUUUUUUAAAUUUGAUUUAACUACACCUUUUUGGCAAGUUUAAAUCAAAGAAAAAGCCUCAUGAUAAUCUAGUACCGAGUUAUUUUUUAGUUCAGUACUUGACAUAUAGAGCAUGCUCCAUUUUGGAGCCGAGAAUGUUUUUUUAUACCUUUUUGUUAUGUAUUUAAUAGUAUUUUUUAGUUUUUUAACUUACGUAGAUCUUGAAGAAAUGUGCUUAUAUAUUCGAGACUGAUUUUACUAAGUUAGUAGUUGACGAGUUCUGAUUUUCAGGUAGUAAAAAAUGAUUUUUAAUAUUGUACAGUUAUUGUAAAUAAACAUGAAAAUCUGAACGCAUCGACUAUGAUGUCUGGAUUAUAAUUGCAUUUUUAUACAUGUUUUAAAUGUAUUAAUGUUGUAAAAAUGAAUCCUAUUUAUAAUUUAUUUUCAAAAUAAAGCUUGGGGCAAAAUU